AUGACAGAAGCAAAAGAAGUAUUUUUGGAGAAGGUAUCUAUAAAAGAAGAAGAUGUAGUUCUAGAGAAGAUAUUAUCUAGAUUCCGGCUGUUUGGACCUUAUUACUUGAGGCUUAUGCCCCUGUUGAUCUUCGCGUGUAUGUCCAACGCACUGUAUUGUAUGAACUAUGUCUUUGCUGCUGGUAUUGUGGAUUAUCGUUGCAAAUACCCAGAAUGUGAACACACCUCUACAUGGACACCUUCAGCUCUCAACCUGACACGGGACACGUGUCAAAAGUACCAGCUCAUAGGAAUAAACGGCACGUGCUCAGUACAGAGUUACAAUAUGUCCACUAUCGGAAGAUGUGGGGAAUUUGUGUAUGGAGAGCCGAAUAGUUUUGUUGCUGAUUUCCAGCUUGGAUGUCAAGAUUGGAAACGCGCAAUGGUUGGGACAGUCCACAGCAUUGGUUACAUGUUUGGACUUCUACUCUUAGGUCCCAUUUCUGACAAAGUAGGCAGAAAGAAGCUGAUAGUGUUUACCGGAGUGACCGGAGCUCUGAUGGGUCUCGCUAGAAGUGUCACCGUGUCUUACUGGACUUAUGUGGUGUUUGAGCUGAUUGAAGCUAUGCUCGGAGACGCUUAUUCUCCUAAUUAUAUGCUAGGAGUAGAAAUGGUAGCCAAAGAAAACCGAGCAAUAUUCGCUCCAAUAAUGAUAGGAUCAAUGUCUGUUGGAGGAAUACUCAUGGCACUGAUAGCCUGGCUAAUACCAUACUGGCGGCACUUCCUAAGAGUCAUCUAUGCACCAGCUCUCAUCUUCAUCUUCUACGCUUUCUUCCUCGACGAAAGCGUCAGAUGGCUUCUAAUUAAAGGCAGGAAGAAAGAAGCAAAGAACGUCUUACGCAAAGCAGCAAAAAUCAGCAAUGUGUAUAUUGAAGAAUCGACAUUGGACAAAAUUGAUUGCCGAAGGGCUGAUGAUAAUGACAAUUUAGUAACCCUUCUGAAGACGACUGUCACUUCAAGGACUUUGUUGUUAAGAUUCUUAGCUUGUGCUUGUGCCUGGAUUACGGCUACCUUCAACAAAUAUGGUCUUCUAAUAAAUUCCGUCUCUUUGGAAGGGAAUAAGUACAUCAAUUACGCCUUGACGUCUUUCGCUGAUCUUCCUGCUAGUAUCCUAUUAAUGUUUAUAUUAAUAAAGUUCAAAAGGAAAAUCCCGCUAAUAUUUUCCUUUCUCUUGACUGGAUCGUUUUGUAUCGUCCAGUCGAUUAUACCUAAAGGCUACCCUAUAAUUUCCACAUCACUGUUCUUCGGCGGCAAGUUCAUGUCGGCCAUAGCAUCUGGCACCAUCUACCUCUACACCACUGAGCUAUUCCCCACUUAUACGAGGAACACCAUGCACGCUCUCUGUUCUUCUAUUGGGAGGAUUGGGUCUAUACUGGCUCCUCAGACUACUUUGUUGCUACCCUACUGGUCUGGCUUCCCAUCCCUCAUCAUCGGAGGGCUAUCCCUGACUACAGCACUAGUUGUGACGAUGAUGCCUGACACUGCUGAAGAUGUGCUACCUGACACCGUGCAGCAAGCUGAAGCUUUGGGUACCAGACGUAAUGGAGCUUAAGACUGAAGUCAAUCAAAGUCUUUGAUUUAGGAAUAAGCAGUCCAACCAAAGU